AUGCCGUCCGAUUGUUCCGUCGACGAUGCUGAGAAGGGCAUCGCAGAGGAGUGUUAUGCAGUUCCCCUUACUCUCCAGAGUUCACGACCAUCUAUAGUCAGUCAGGACUCCUGUAGUAAGGGUCCUCUGCCACAUCCGUGCUUACCUCUUCCCCCUCUACCUCACGCCAAGUUCGAAACGAUCGCUCUUACACUUCCGUCGAAAGAACUGUCGCCGAAUGAGCUGGCCCUCAUUCGCAGACCGACCAAAAAACGGGUUAGCAGUUGGGUCAAAUUCCGGUUGUGGUAUAAUACAUAUCGGCGCUUUUUCACCGUCGCUUUUCUGUUCAACUUCAUUUCGCUCAUUUGCGCUGCUACUCAUGCUUGGGAAUAUCCUCGUAACUACACGGGCGCCUGGAUCCUUGGGAAUCUCUUGUUUUCUGUUCUGGUACGGACGGAACUGUUCACUAGGUUUCUAUAUCUUGUCCUAUGCAGCGCGUUUGCAAAAUGGCCACCGCUGUGGUUCCGCCUUGGCAUCUCGUCGGCGUUACAACAUGUCGGCGGGAUUCAUUCUGGAUGCGCCAUUUCGGCCGUUAUGUGGUUGAUCUUCAAGUGCAGCUUGAUCUUCCAUGAGCGCCUCAGUCUCAACGGCGCCAUUCUCGCAUUUGGCGUUUUGACGAAUUUGGCGGUUGGUUUUGCCAUGCUGUCCGCUAUGCCCUGGUUGAGGAAUACUCAUCAUAACGUUUUCGAGCGCCACCAUCGGUUCAUUGGAUGGACUGGCGUUGUAUCCACCUGGGUCUUCGUUUUCCUCGGCGAUGCCUAUGAUUCGAACACAAAGACCUUCCAUUUCCUCCUGACCUUCAUCUUCAGCAUCAUCAUACCGUGGCUUACUGUUCGUAGAGUCCCAGUGGAAAUCACUAUUCCAUCGCCGAAAGUUGCUAUAAUUAAACUGAAGCGGGGAAUGCGUCAAGGUUUAGUUUGCCGAAUCUCCGAAGGACCGUUGAUGGAAUACCAUGCCUUCGUUCGUAAACGUUCCAGCGGCACAAUCAGCGAAGGUAUUGAAUCAGGAGAACACUAUCUGAUUUCCGGCGUUCAAGGAGACUUCACGCGCCGACUUGUAGAGAAUCCGCCCACACAUCUCUGGACAAGGGAACUUAAGGAGCUACAUCCAGUCUUUACCGACGAGGGUCUCCGGGUGUGUACCGGUACUGGUUUGGGAGCAUGCCUCUCUACAUGUAUUCAGAACCCCAACUGGUAUCUGUUAUGGAUGGGCUCUGAUCAGGAGAAAACAUUCGGACCCGAGAUCUCUGGACUGAUCAAAAAGCACCUGUAUCCCGACCGAGUGACGCUCUGGGACUCGAAGGCGCGCGGGACACGUGCGAAUACCGUGAAGAUUAUCAAGGAUAUCUAUCAUGCCUGGGGCGCCGAGGUGGUAAUAAUUACUACCAAUGCUCAGGGAAAUAAAGAGAUGAUGGAAGGUCUGAAGGAAGGCUGGGAUUCCUUGCUUUGGAACCCUCUGGGACUUUUAGAUAUUCCCUCCGUUCUUACGACAAGAGGAAACUUGGUUCGAUUUCGGCCGCGGGACGCUAGGAAUCGUUGUCUGGGACACUCGCCCUCAUCCGUUUCUGCCCUUCUUUUGAAUUUACAUUCUUUCUUAUACAUUACACAUCCUUUGCACACCGUUCCUUCAGACAUCGUUGAUCGCAUGGGCGCUACUCGGACCGACGACCUCGAAUGA